GGCGGCGGCUUCGGCGGGGCAACCUUUGUCGGCACCUCGGCGGUCCCUGCGCAGAGCAACGGGGGCGGGGGCGGCAAGCAGAGUAAGCAAGAAAUUCACCGAAGGUCUGCUCGACUCAGAAACACCAAAUACAAAUCUGCUCCAGCUGCUGAGAAGAAAGUUUCCACGAAAGGAAAAGGGAGAAGGCAUAUUUUUAAGUUGAAGAAUCCUAUCAAAGCUCCUGAGUCUGUUUCCACCAUAAUCACUGCAGAAUCAAUCUUCUACAAGGGAGUAUAUUACCAAAUUGGUGAUGUUGUUUCUGUGAUUGAUGAACAAGAUGGAAAACCCUACUAUGCUCAGAUCAGGGGCUUUAUUCAGGACCAGUAUUGUGAGAAAAGUGCAGCCCUAACAUGGCUCAUUCCUACCCUCUCAAGCCCCAGAGACCAAUUUGAUCCUGCAUCCUACAUCAUAGGGCCAGAGGAAGAUCUUCCAAGGAAGAUGGAGUACUUGGAAUUCAUUUGUCAUGCACCCUCUGAGUAUUUCAAAUCAAGAUCAUCACCAUUUCCUACAGUCCCCACCCGACCAGAGAAAGGCUACAUAUGGACUCAUGUCGGACCUACUCCUGCAAUAACUAUUAAGGAAACAGUUGCCAACCACUUGUGAGUGCACCUGUGUCGUGCAAUGCCCGCGGAGGACAGAAGCUGUUGGAUCCUCU